GAGGGAACUGGGUGUAACGCUGGAGAUAAAAUUUAACUAAUUAAAUUGGUUAUGUAAAAUCCACAACACAAAGAUAAAGGGAUAUAUGUAUAUAUAUAUAUAUGUAUAUAUUCAUCUCAAACCAAAUGUACACAACACAGUUCAAAAUGACGCCAUUCAUAAUAUUGGGACUAAUUCUACAAGUCUUGGCAGCUGCAGACUCCGUUAAUGACUGUUUAGAAACAAAGAACUUAACAGCGAGCACGAGUUCAUGGCAACUCAUUCAGUCUCCCGGAUACUUCAGUAAAUAUGUUAAGAAUAUGUCUUGCAGUUGGCUAAUCUAUGCGGGAGAUCCGAAUUAUUCGCUGCAAGUAGACUGGCAACGCGUUGAUAUAGAAUACAGUUUAGGUUGUUAUAAAGAUUUCGUACAGAUCUAUCGCGGUUUUGAUCGAUCGGGUGAGCUUCUUGAUCACAGAUGCGGUCAGAGCUCCAUCAACGUCAAUAACAUUGGGCGUUAUGCUUACAUCUACUUCCACACGGACAAUACCAUCGAACGGGAAGGAUUUUCACUCAAGUACAAAUCUACCAACAGCGGUAGCAAAAUCUGUACAGCCACGACGUCAUAUACGUCUCAUCCUUACAGCUGGCAAACAAUUACUUCUCCUUAUUAUCCAGACAAUUACCUUGAUAGUUUAUCCUGUAACUGGUUAAUCACAACAGAUGAUGCUCUGGAAAUUGUUAAACUAAAGGUGCUUGAUACAGAAAUGGAGAAUUCUACUGACUGUUCUAAGGAUGUUGUUCAUGUAUACGACGGUGGCACUCCACGUAGCCCCAAACUAGGGUCGUGGUGCGGAAGUGACACCCCCGAAUUUAUCAGCACAGGCAGAAAAAUGUAUAUAACAUUCAUUACAAAUGAUAAAGCACAUUUUCGUGGAUUUAAAGCUAAAUUUAUUUCGGAACAAAAAGGUGUUAACUGCUCUGGUGUCACAAAGCUAACAGCCUACCCAAGUAUCCAGUACUUGACCACUCCUAACUAUCCUCACUUUUACGCAAGUAACUUGUCAUGUUCAUGGUUAAUCAACUCUGGAAGCCGGUCUGGAAAAUUGUAUCUUGAUGUCAGAGAUUCAGAUAUCGAAUAUUCCAUCGGAUGUAUGAAGGACUAUGCAGAAUUGUACUUAGGAACCGACAGAAAAGCUGAUAUCUUCAGCCGAUGGUGUGGAGGCACGCGACGCAAGUUUUACACCUAUCACGCAAGUCUAUUCAUUCACUUCCAUUCAGAUGCUUCUCUGACCGGCCGAGGCUUCCAGUUAUCAUAUUACAUGGGAUCACCCUCUGCAGCAUGUCGGGACAAAACACUAUUAGUUGCUAACCGCCAUGGCUGGAAGGAGUUCAAUUCACCGUUUUAUCCCACAGUAUAUGAAGGAAAUCUUAGUUGUUGGUGGAUUUUGACAGCGGCAAAUGAAUUCGACAUAGUGGAGCUACAAGUGCUGGAUUUUGAGGUAGAAGACUCACCUGGGUGCGUGUACGAUUCUGUUAAAGUUUUUGAUGGUGGAAAUGUGAACUCGCCAAGUCUCGACAGAUGGUGUGGCGUGAAGCAUCCUUCGUUUAUUAGUACCGGUCAGAAACUCAUGGUUCAAUUCGAGACAGACGAUUCCUAUGAUUACAAAGGAUUUAAAAUGCGCUACAUAGCGAGAGAUGUGUCAUUCCUCUGCGGACCUGGAAAAUACUUGAAAGCGGAACUAGAAGAAAGAAAAUACCUAGUUUCACCAAAUUUAAUAUCUCCCCUUUACAGUACUGUGAAAUGCGAAUGGCAGAUAACGACCAAAAAUGCCGAUGAACUCGUAAAGCUUGAAGUAGCUUUCUCCUCCUUAGAUAACUCAACGAACUGUGACGACAACUAUAUAGCUGUGUACGACGGAGCAACUACUAAUGCAAAACUUUUGGGCAAAAAAUGUGGCAAUCAGACUCUGACGUUUGUAUCUUCGAGCUGGAGUGUGUAUGUAGUGCUUCAACUAAAGAAAUCAAACAGAAGCAACGCGUUGCUGGCGACAUUCUAUUCAGAGAAAAAAGAGGCUCAGUGUAAGGAUAUCGAUAACCGAAUAAGCUUUUCCGAUCAGAAGAACUACAUAUCCUCUCCCGAAUUCCCGCGAAUAUACAGAAGCAUGCGAUCUUGUUCUUGGCUUCUUACGACGUCUAAGAACCAAGUAAUUCGACUCGAAAUCAUGUACGCCGAUUUUCCACAAGAAUCUCAAUGCAUGUCAAACGCAUAUCUGGCAGUUUAUGAUGGUAACAGCCGAAGAGACGGUCUUUUAGGAGUCGUAUGCGGGAACGAACCGAAAACUUACAUAUCGACAGGACAGCAAAUGAUGGUUUUACUAAAGGGACACACAAACUUAACUGGUCGAUUUCUUGCAGCUUAUUAUUCCGAGAGAAAAGCGGAAGAAUGUAUUGGCAGUAGCCAGCUAACUGCCCAAAGACAUACAAAGAACUAUCUUCAUACGCCAUCAUUCCCGACACCUUUCAAAAAAAAUUCAAAGAAAUCCAGCCACUGCGCCUGGGUCAUAGCUUCUGAUGGCCCUGAUGUUGUAAAAUUAUCAAUAAUUUACUCCAAACUAUCAAAGAAAGAAGACUGUAGUGAAGAAAGUAUAAGUGUUUAUGAUGGUGAUUUAGUACCAAACCGCUUUCUCGGAAUGUCCUGUGGAGAGGCAAAACCAUCAUAUACAUCAACAGGGAAAAAGCUAAUGGUUAUAUUCUCUUCAAAGAGCUCAAAUGGAAGUCACGGCUUUUUAGGAUCCUAUUAUUCUGUUCCAAAUACGAAUUCACCGAGCCAAGAUCGAUUAGUUGCUAUGUCGUCAGCAAUCGGUUACAUUCAUCCACCAAAUUUCCCUCAGCCUUAUCAGAGCUCGAUGUCCCGAUCUUGGUCCAUAAGAUCCAAAAAUGCAGACGAAAACGUUGUAUUAGAAGUAGCAUUUUCGGAUAUUUACUUGUCUUCUGGUUGUGAAACGGAUUCUGUGUCUGUCUACGACGGGCCUACAGAAUACGACGUUCUACUAGGAAAAUGGUGCGGAGAUGAUCAACCAAAAUUUGUAACGUCUAACCGAGAUAUGUUAGUCGUUUUUCAUACUAAUUCUACUGCAGAACAUACGGGCUUUUUAGCAUCUUACCAUACAGAAUUGCAGUCCUCCAGAUUUAAACAUCCAAACCACAUUUGGUUGUGCAUCGCCCUGCUUAUUCUCAUUAUUCUUGUGGGCUGCUUCCUCCUGGGCCGUUAUUUAUUUAGGAAAUAUGGUCAUCACCAGUGGUCAGGCAAAGGAAACAAGGGCACAGAGUCCAUGGGCAGCAGAAUGGACAUCUAUGACCAUGCCUCCACUAGCGUGUCCAUGAAGUCUCUUUUAGAAACUUUCUGAAAUAACCAACAAGCCAGGCAUUCAAGUUGCCCUCAACAACUUUAUCAAACUACGAGGAUUUGAUUCUUAUAUAUAUGUAUAUAUAUAUGUAUAUAUAUAUAAUUAUUAUAAUAAUAAUAAUGAUGAUAAGGAUGAUUAUAAUAAUAAUAAUGAUAAUUAUAAGGAUGAGGACACAAAAACAUAUUUACAUCUUUUCCAUUUUUUAUUUUUUAUAUAUAUUUCUGAAAAAUAUAUGGUCCAUAUUCAAUAAGAGGAGGAGGGAAAAUUUUACUAACAUUAUUAUGAUCAUUAUUAUUAUUAUUAUUAUUAUCAUUA